UAUCACAUCUGAACGGAUCAGGAUGCGGUUCGUCGGUUGUGCUCUUUUGGCUUUCACUUGCCUGGCGGCGUUUCCAAGUGCCACGCCCGUUCUAUUGGCUCCAAUUCGACCCUAUAACCAAAAUGGAACCCUGGUUCCCCAGACUAACUUUGCCCUAGAGCUAAGAGGAGUGAUUCGUCAGAUACCAAAGGGUCAGAUCGAGAAACUAAUUCAGACCUACCUCCUCAAUGAUAUCGAGUUCCAGGGUCUGAUCAGGACAAUCAACUCUUUGCCGGCUUAUAGAUUAUAUAGGCAGUUUGCCAACCAACCAGAAGUGCGACAACUGCAGCAGUGGAUCUCGCAACAGCUGAUUCUGUCCGGUGGUUCCCCCAAGAUUUUCGAGUACCUGGAACUGGAGAUCAAGAUCUUCAAUAAGUACCCCUACUGGUCGCAGAUUGUGAACGGAAUCCGCGGAUUCCAGUCGGAGUUCGUACAGAUCUACCCAGUGCAACUCAUUCGAAGUCUCCUGGAACCCAGUGCCAGCCAAACCAGUCCUCUGCUGUCCGAACUUUGGCGUCGUCUGGUGGCCUUGCGUCCGGUUUACGAAAGGGUUUUGGCCACUCCCCCCGGCAAGGUCAUCACGGCCGAACUCCAGCGACUGGGCGUGGAUGUGGGUGGUGUGGACGCCCUGAUUCGGUAUCAAUUCGGAUGGAGCAACGUCACUGUGGGCAACUCCUAUCCCAACUACGAUGAUUACCUAUACUAGAGAUCUAUUACGGAACUGGACGUGGAGAAUGGACCUACUUUAAUUACCCUUCAAGUAUUACCAAUGGAAUUUCCGAGGAUCAUAAGUUAAAUCAUAUUCAGUUUAAUAAGUGUUUAAUAAGUUUUCUAAGCAACUAUAUAUCGAUUUGAAAUACAUAUCUAUACGUGGAAGAACAUUA